AUGAAACGGAUAUCCGGCUUUUUGGUGAAUUUAGUGGACCAACUGGCCUUGACGUGCGCCGAUUACACGCUACCAGCGGCGUCGGCGGUGGAGGCGGUGUUGGCCAUCCUGGUGGAGCGACUGCUGCUCCAGCCGGAGAUCCAGGACCACAUCCACGAGGAGAUAGACCGCGUGGUCGGCAGAGGCCGCCUCCCUAACUUGGAUGACAGGAAAGACAUGCCGUACACCGAAGCGUGCAUACGCGAAACGAUGCGGCUGGACACUCUGGUUCCGCUCGGCGUGGCUCACCGCGCGGUCGUCGACACCAAGUUCCAUGGCUACGACAUUCCUGAGGACACCAUGGUGACAGCUAACUACAUGCUCCUGCACCACAGUAAGGAAAUCUGGGGCGACCCUGAGGUGUUCCGCCCAGAACGAUUCAUCAAGAAUGGCAAGGUGGAUGCAGCUCUGGACAAAUCCUUGCCUUUCGGAGCUGGCAGGCGCCUGUGCGCUGGAGAGACCUACGCUCGUCAGUGCAUGUUCCAGGUGUUCUCUGGCUUCAUGCAAGCCUUCCGCGUGUUCACAGCUGACGGCAAGCCCUUGAAGGAACCCGUCAAGAGGUUACAAGGCAUCAUCAACACCGUACCAGACUACUGGGUCCGCGUCACACCCAGGAGCUAAGCUAGGCCCAUCAUUGACCUACUAGGGGCACUUCUGGGCACGUUCCCAGAGUGCCCUGGGUAAGAGGGACCUGGCUAACUGACAAUAACUAGCUGAUAAAGUUUGUUGAUAUUAAUAGUAA